CGCGCUCCCGCCGCCCCCUGCGCAUCGAUCCGCGCGCGCGGCGCUGUCGAUAAGUUUGCGAGAAGCCAAAGUCAAGUGCGUGCGCGCGGAGCCGGGCCGCGCUCCCGGGGUCCAGCCCGGGUGUUGGCGGCAGCCGCAUCCCCGGCCGCGCGCCCGCCCCCAAGAUGGCGGCCGAGGGGGGACCGCGGGGGGCCCGGGGGCCGAGGCCGGCCAGGGCGGCACGGGCGACCAGGGGGCCGCGCGCAAGACGGCGCCUGGACCUGCGGCGGCUGCAGAAGGAGCUUAAUUCCAUCGCCUGGGAGCUGUCCGUGCCACAGGAGGAAAGCGAGCAUUCUCCUAAACGUUUAAUUGAACUCCGCCGGGAAUUUAAGAAAAAUGUGCCAGAGGGACUCAGAGAGAUGGUGGCCCCCGUGCUGAAAAGCUUCCAAGCUGAGGUGGUGGCUCUGAGUAAAAGAAGUCAGGAAGCAGAGGCGGCGCUCCUGAGUGUUUAUAAGCAAUUAAUCGAAGCGCCAGACGCUGUUCCUUCAUUUGAGGUGGCGCGGACUCUAGACGACAGACUGCAGCGCCCCAGCUUUGACCCCAGUGGGCAGUGCCUACAAGACGUGCACAUCUCGUGGAAGAGGUGCCCGGAGCCACCCAGCGUCAGAGAGCAGAACGAGGGGACGUGUCCCACCGGGCACACGCCAGCCAACGGCAGCCACCUGCCAGGUCCCCAGCACAACCUCCUGACAGACACCUUGCUGCAGAAGGAUGAGGCCGAGAGACAGAAGGGCCUCCAAGAAGUCCACGUCACCUUGGCAGCCAGGCUGGGGGAGGCAGAGGAGAAAAUCAAGGUGUUACAUUCAGCGCUAAAGGCCACUCAGACGGAGCUGCUGGAGCUGAGGAGGAAAUACGAUGAGGAGGCUGCAUCCAAGGCAGAUGAGGUUGGCCUGAUCAUGACGAACCUGGAGAAAGCCAACCAGCGAGCAGAGGCUGCCCAGCGGGAGGUGGAGAGCCUGCGGGAGCAGCUGGCAUCGGUCAACAGCUCCAUCCGCCUGGCUUGCUGUUCCCCCCAGGGACCCAGUGGGGAGAAGGUGAGCUUCGCGCUGUGUUCGGGGCCCCGGCUGGAGGCAGCGCUGGCCUCCAAGGACAGAGAGAUCCUGAGGCUGCUGAAGGAGGCGCAGCAGCUGCGACACUCCUUGCAGGAGCUGGAGGAGGCCUCAGCCAACCAGAUCGCCGAGCUGGAGCAGCAGCUAGCAGCCAAAUCUGAGGCCAUAGAGAAACUACAAGAAAAGCUGGAGGCCCAGGCUGACUAUGAAGAGAUUAAAACAGAGCUGAGCAUCUUGAGAGCCAUGAAGCUCGCCUCCAGCACCUGCAGCCUCCCACAGGCCCUGACCAAGCCAGACGACCCGCUGCUCAUGGCCAAGGAGGCUUUCUUUCCCACGCAGAAGUUCCUGCUGGAAAAGCCAGCACUGCUGGCCAGCCCUGAGGAGGAUCCCUCGGAGGAUGACUCUAUCAAGGGUUCACUGGGCACGGAGCCCUCCUACCCUCAACUUCCACCUCCACCAGGCCUGGAAGACCCACUGUCCCCGAGCCCUGGGCAGCCCCUGCUGGGCUCCAGCCUGGGUCCUGAUGGGCCAAGGACUUUCUCACUGUCCCCCUUCUCCAGCCUGGCAUCCGGGGAGAGGCUGGCUGGGGACCCAUUGCUGCCCAAGCACAUAAUGGGCCCAGCUGCCUUCAAAGGGGAAGCAGGCAACCUGCUGGCAUUCUCACCAGCCUUCUAUGGCGGUGCGAAGCAUCCCGCCACCUCAGCACUCGGCCCCGAGCCCACGGGGGCCCCAGAGCCCGUGGAUGGGGCCGGGCCAGAGGAGGAGCAGCUGGACACGGCCGAGAUCGCCUUCCAGGUGAAGGAACAGCUGUUGAAGCAUAACAUUGGCCAACGUGUGUUCGGUCACUACGUGCUAGGACUGUCGCAGGGCUCGGUGAGUGAGAUCCUGGCGCGGCCCAAGCCCUGGCGCAAGCUCACGGUGAAGGGUAAGGAGCCCUUCAUCAAGAUGAAGCAGUUCCUGUCGGACGAGCAGAAUGUGCUGGCCCUGCGCACCAUCCAGGUGCGGCAGCGAGGCAGCAUCACCCCAAGAAUCCGCACACCUGAGACAGGCUCGGAUGACGCUAUUAAGAGUAUCCUGGAGCAGGCCAAGAAGGAGAUUGAAUCUCAGAAGGGAGGUGAGCCCAAGAACUCCACAGCCUCUGUGAGCAUCCCCAACGGCACAGCCUCCUCCAGCACCUCCGAAGACGCCAUCAAGAACAUUCUAGAACAAGCCCGCCGGGAGAUGCAAGCCCAGCAGCAGGCCCUGCUGGAGAUGGAGUCGGGACCCAGGGGCCGCUCUGUGCCCCCCUCUCCUCCGGAGCGACCCUCACUGGCCACUGUGGGCCAGAAUGGGGCCCUGGCCUGCCUGAAGCAAGAAGAUAGUGGUGGCGGCUGCAGCAGCAGCAGCAGCAGCAGCAGCAGCAGUGUGCAGGCGCCGCUUGCUGUCCUGUCCCCGGCUGCGUUUGUACAGCGGAUCAUCCGCAAGGUGAAGUCCGAGAUCGGCGAUGCCGGCUACUUUGACCACCACUGGGCAUCGGACCGCGGCCUGCUCAGCCGUCCCUAUGCGUCCGUGUCGCCCUCCCUCUCCUCCUCUUCCUCCAGCUACUCGGGACAGCCCAAUGGUAGAGCCUGGCCCCGUGGGGAUGAGGCAGCCAUCGCCCCUGAGGAUGAAGCAGCCAUGGGCGAGGAUGAGCCCCCCAGAGUGGGAGAACUCAAGGCUGAGGCCGGGGCCCCCGAGGUGGGGGGCGGGCGACUGCCCUACUACCCAGCCUAUGUGCCUCGCACCCUCAAGCCCACCGUGCCGCCCCUGACGCCUGAGCAGUACGAGCUGUACAUGUACCGGGAGGUGGACACGCUGGAGCUGACCCGCCAGGUCAAAGAGAAGCUGGCCAAGAAUGGCAUCUGCCAGCGCAUCUUUGGGGAAAAGGUCCUGGGACUGUCCCAGGGCAGCGUGAGUGACAUGCUGUCACGGCCAAAGCCAUGGAGCAAGCUGACACAGAAGGGCCGAGAGCCCUUCAUCCGCAUGCAGCUAUGGCUGUCGGACCAGCUGGGCCAGGGCCAGGGCCAGGCCCAGACCCCAACCCAGCAGCCCAGCGCCACGCAGGCCAGUCCCACUGAGCAGAGGUCCUCACCGUCACCUCCCCCCAGCCCCAUGGAACCUGAAAAGACUUCCCAGGAGCCCCUGGGCCUGUCACUGGAAAGCAGCAAAGAAAACCAACAGCCUGAGAGUCGGGCCAGCUCCUCCCUGGGUGGGAAGCCCUUCUCAGGCAGCCAGGCUGCAGGGGGCAUCCAGGAGAUGGUGGCCAUGUCCCCAGAGCUGGACACAUACUCCAUCACCAAGCGGGUCAAGGAGGUCCUCACAGACAACAACCUAGGGCAGCGGUUGUUUGGUGAGAGCAUCCUGGGACUGACACAGGGCUCUGUGUCAGACCUGCUGUCCAGGCCCAAGCCCUGGCACAAGCUGAGCUUGAAGGGUCGGGAGCCCUUCGUGCGCAUGCAGCUGUGGCUGAGCGACCCCCACAACGUGGAAAGGCUGCGGGACAUGAAGAAACUGGAGAAGAAAGCCUAUCUGAAGCGCCGCUAUGGGCUCAUCAGCACAGGCUCAGACAGUGAGUCUCCGGCCAUGCACUCUGAGUGCCCUAGCCCCUGUCAGCAGCCACAGGAGCUGAGCCUCAUGCAGGCCAAGAAGCCACGUGUGGUGCUGGCACCUGCAGAGAAGGAGGCGCUGCGGAAGGCCUACCAACUGGAGCCCUACCCAUCACAGCAAACCAUAGAGCUGCUGUCAUUCCAGCUCAACCUCAAGACCAACACCGUCAUCAACUGGUUCCACAACUACAGGUCCAGGAUGCGUCGUGAGAUGCUGGUGGAGGGAACACAGGAUGAUCCAGACUUGGACCCAGGUGGGGGUCCCGGUGUCCUGCCACCAGGCCACGCCCACAUGGACCCCACCCCACAGAGCCCUGACUCAGAGGCUGAGGACCAAAAGCCCCCAAUGAAGAGCCUGGAGCUGCAGGAAUCUGAGAGUCCCGCACCCGUAGCUGCCCCAGACAGGGCUCUGGUGAGGAUUAAACAGGAGGAGGAUACAGAGGGGAUGGAGGACAGCCAGCCCCUGGAUGUAGGGGAUCCAGACAGAGGACAAGGCAGUCCUAAAGAGGAGCAUACCCACCUUCUGGAGAACAGUGAACUCCCAGAGCUGGCCCCUGGGCCGUUCCUUUCAGACACGCCCAACCCAGACUGCCCCUCAUUGCACACCCCCCAAGAAAAGGAGGUUAGGGAGCAGGUUCACUCAGACCCUCUGAGUUUCAAGUCCACCUCCGAAUCCUCAUGCUGCAGCCUGGAGGAGCCACCAAACUCUCCCUCUGCCAUCUCUUCACCAGACCUCAUGACAUGUGUGUCACCCAUCCCCUCCUCCUCAUCUCCAAUCUCCCCAUCCCUACCUGGCGCCCCACCUGCCAAAGUGCCGAGUGCCAGCCCCACUGCCGACACAGCUUCAGCCUUGCACCCCAGCGCCAAGGUAAACCCCAACUUGCAGCGGCGGCAUGAGAAAAUGGCCAACUUGAACAGUAUAAUCUACCGACUGGAGAGGGCUGCCAACCGGGAAGAGGCUCUGGAGUGGGAAUUCUGAGCCAGGGAUGAGGGACAUUCCCGGAUGGUCACUUUCCCUCCUUCCCUCCCUCUCCCAGAUGGGGUGGGACCAGAGAGGCAAGAACUCAGCCAUGCAAAUGUGGACAGCAGUGUUAAGCCGUUUACGUUUAUUGUUGUAACACCAGUUACCUGAAGUUGUGUGUGAGCAGAUACCACCACAUCUUCUCUUUGACAGCCCUGCUUAUAGGAGGCAGUGGGGUCCUGCCCGAGGCAGGACCAAAACGGCACCACAUUCUCACCCCCAAAACUCGGAACUCUUUUAGAAAAAUAAAGAAAUAUUUAUAGACCUCUUUCAGCUAUUUUAAUAAAGGAUCCUUUGGAAUUUAUCCCCAGCUGAUGCUGUUUUGAUAUUAAAGAGAGUUAUAAAAUCA